AUGUCUUAAAGGAAAAAAAAGAGAGAUCCAACGCCAACUAGAGUUGCUUUGGUUUGUCUCAAGACUACCCAAAAUAAUAUUUAAAUCAAUAACCAGUCGUUGCUCAAGAUUUUCUCCAAACACGGUUCAAUAUCAAAAGUAUUACUUUUCGAUGAUAUUGCUAAUUGUUAACCUAAAGUCUUUAUUGAAUAUGAUGAAGUAAAUUCUGCUAUUGAUGCUAUUAAAUAUCUGAACAAUACUAAAAUAUUGAAUCAAAUUUCAUGUAAUGUCUAUCACUCUCGUUUGAAGUAAUUGAAAUUAGAUACAGUCCCAUAUACAAAAGGACUUGAUUUUACAAAUCCGCCAUCAAACAAUAUAGAGCAAAGCGAAUAAAUAGAAUAGUAACUUGAAAAUCAGGAUAAAAAUAAUGAAUGGCAAGACUUUUAAUUUGAAAAUAGAUCAACUGAUGAAGUGUCAGACGAAGAGGAACCUCAUUUCUCAGAAGAGAAAAUGAAAGACAUUAUUACAAAGCUUAAUUAGAUUGAUGAAGAGAUAAAUUAAACAAUUGAAACCAAAAUUGUUACUGCUUUAGAUAAGUUGAGAUAGACAUUUAAAUUCCAUAAGCAAUAAGAAAACCAUUUAAUUCAAAUAAAUUAAUGA